AAAGAGCAGCUUGCUGCUGUGGAAAAAGAAAUAUUUAAAAUAAACCAAGAGGUUCAAUGGUUGCUUGAUAAACAGAAAACUUUGAAAGAAAAAAGAAACCAAUUAAAGCUUCAGCUGGAACAGGAAGCAUCUGCAGAGUUAGCCAACAUUGACUGGAAACAUACAGAUCAUCCAUGGUCCAGAAAAUUGGAACUGACAAUGCAUGAUGUCUUCAAGCUCAAAACUUUUCGGCCAUUACAGCUGGAGGCAGUGAAUGCGACAUUGAGUGGCCAGGAUUGUAUUCUUAUUAUGCCAACAGGUGGAGGCAAAAGCCUGUGCUAUCAACUUCCAGCAUUGGUGUCUCCAGGAAUUACUCUAAUAGUCACUCCACUAGUAUCUCUAAUGGAAGACCAGCUCAUGGCUCUCAGGGCUUUAAAAGUUUCUGCAGCUGCACUGAAUGCUGGCUGUUCUAAAGAAGAGGUUAAUAAAGUUCAGAAUGCCAUGAAAGAUAAAAACUCUGACCUUUGUCUCCUUUAUGUGACACCGGAGAAGUUAGCCAAGAGUAAAAGGUUCAUGUCUCUGUUGGAGAAAGUCUAUGAAAUGGGAAGAUUUACUAGGCUAGCUAUUGAUGAAGUACACUGUUGUUCACAGUGGGGACACGAUUUUAGGCCAGACUACAAAUUUCUGGGUAUCAUGAAAAGACAGUUUCCCAAGGUACCAAUCCUUGGUCUUACAGCUACUGCCACAGCUAAAGUAGUUAGUGAUGUCCAGAAGAUGCUGAAUAUUGGUGGAUGUCUUGUUCUCAAAGCAUCAUACAACAGACCAAACUUAAAAUAUGAGGUUCAUGCCAAAGCAAGUAGUCAAGAGAAAUCAAUAGACCAGUUAGAAAACAUUAUCACAAAAAGAUUUUUCAACCAGUCAGGAAUCAUCUACUGUUUUUCUAUCAAAGAAGCUGAAGAAGUUGCAUCAGCCUUGUCCGAACGAGGUGUAAAGGCCCUCAGUUAUCAUGCACAACUAGAUCCCAAGUCACGAAGUUACAUCCAUCAGAGCUGGGCGUCCAAUGAAACCCGAGUAGUUGUGGCAACAGUGGCAUUUGGGAUGGGAAUCGACAAAGCCAAUGUUCGCUUUGUUAUACAUCAUUCUCUACCCAAAUCACUGGAGAACUACUAUCAAGAAAGUGGCCGAGCAGGACGAGAUGAUACUCCUGCCUAUUGCAUCUUACUGUUCAGAGCUGCCGAUGUUUUUCGACAGAGUACUAUGGUAUUCACCGAACGUACUGGAUUAGAAAAUCUGUACGCUAUGGUAGCUUACUGUUUGGAAGUUGAAGGAUGUAGACGAACCACGAUAGCUCAUCAUUUUGGAGAGGAGUGGGACAAAAGUCAUUGUCAACAUAUGUGUGAUAACUGUGAAAUGGAUAGAGCAGGAGCAAGACUAGAACUAACACAUGACUGUAAGAUGCUCUACACAAUCAUCAAUCAUGCAUCUGAAAUGAAAGAAAGGCUUACUGCUAAUAAACUGAUUGACAUUUGGCAAAGGAAGGGGCCUUCCAAGCUUCGCCCUCCACAUCUCAAACCAACGAAUCACCAGCGUGAUAACUGUGAGCUUGUGCUUGUCUUCUUGCUUGUAGAAGGGUAUUUGAAAGAGGAGUUUCAUUUUAAUCCAUUUACAACCAUCAGCUACAUAAACAAAGGACCAAAAGCUGGCAUUUGUAAUAAUUCUGACCAUUCGGUUUACUUUUGUUUACCAACAAGAAAAAGAAAAGCUUGUGAUUUUUUUGAUGAAGUUGUACAUAAAGCUCAGAAAAAUGAAACACACUCUCCAUCUUCUUGUCGAGAUUUGAAAAAUGAAGAGUCUAGCAGCAAGAUGUCAAAACUAAGACAACUGAAAGACAACCCUGACAUCUUCAGUGACAAGAAUAUUUCAAAAAGUUCUCAUGUAUCGAAAAGAAAGAAGAAAAAUACUACAAAUCAGAAGGAAUUAAAAACAGGACAAACACAUCAAGUAAAUGAUGCGAGUGAGAAAGAUAAAAUUUUAAAAAAUAGUCUUGGAAAUUCCUCAAGCCCCGAUUCGUCAACAUUGACAGAAAGAGUAUCUUUAGUUUCACAUACUAGUGACCGUAAAGUUCUGAAAAACACAGUUA